AUGUCGUUUCCGGAUAACCUCAAGCCCAAGGAGCCAAGCGGCCCGUCGCUCCUCGAAAGAGAACGCCGUCAGUCCCCCGUGGCCGUUGAUGCGCUCGGCAAGCACAUAUUUUCAGGCACCGGCUUCCUCGAGCGUCAGGCGCGCGUGCUCGCCGCCAUGGAAAAGGAGCCGCUGUUCGACAAGUCGCAGCAGCAGCAGCUAUCCCGCAUGGAGCGCGUCAAGUUGGGCCUCGCGCGCGGCAAGCUGAUGCGCAGGCUGCAGGAGAAGCACGGCUGGGACAUGGAUGACUACCACAUGGCCGCGUACCUGCUGGGUGAGCAGAGCCCGUAUCGCCUCCACGUGGGCAUGUUCCGGACGACGAUUGAGGAGCAGUCGAGCGACGCGCAGAUGGCGUACUGGAUGCCCCGCGUCGACGGCUGGCAGAUCAGCGGCACCUACUCGCAGACGGAGCUCGGCCACGGCAGCAACGUGCGCGGCGUCGAGCUCGAGGCGCGCUGGGACCCGUCGGCCAAGGAGUUUGUCGUGCACAGCCCGACGCUGACGGCGGCCAAGUGGUGGAACGGCUCGCUGGGGAGGACGGCGAACCACGCCAUCUUGAUGGCGCAGCUGAUGGUGCCGGAUCCCAAGCGGCAAGGCCAGUACAUCUCGCACGGGCCGCAGGCGUUUAUUGCCCAGAUUCGAGACACCAAGACACACCUGCCCCUCAAAGGUAUCGUCAUCGGCGACAUUGGCGUCAAGAUUGGCUUUACGUCGAUGGAUAAUGGCUACAUGCUGUUCAAUCAGUUCAGGAUCCCGCACUCGGCACUGCUCUCGCGAUAUGUCCAGCUGGACCCAGAGACGAGUGUCUUUACCAAGUCUCCAAACGCGGCUCUGGCUUACGGAACGAUGACUUCCAUCAGAACUGUCCUCGUCGAAGAGGCCGGUACGCAUCUUGCGCGCGCCGUCACCAUUGCCAUACGAUAUGCUGCGAUUCGCCAGCAAUUCCGAGACAAGGACUCCCAGGACCCGCGCAGUGCAGAGCUGCAAGUACUCGACUAUCCCACCGUUCAGGUCCGUCUGUUCCCGCUACUGGCUGCUGCUUUUGCUCUCCAAUACACCGGCAAGGUCAUGCGCCAGGACUACGCCAAGACGCGCGGCGAGGUCGAAAAGGGCAAUCUCGAGGGCCUCGCCGUCAUGCACAGCAACUCGUCCGGCCUCAAGAGCCUGAGCACCGAGAUUACGAACGCGGGCAUCGAGACGUGCCGGAGGGCCAUGGGCGGGCACGGCUACGGCAGCGGCAGCGGGCUCGUCGAGAUGCAAAAGGACUACCAGGCGAAGCCGAUCCUCGAAGGCGACAACUGGAUGAUUACGCAGCAGACGUCGUCGUUUCUGAUCAAGAGGAUGACUGCUGCGGUCAAGACGCAGAGAGAGCCGCCCAAGGAUCAGACAGAUGCACAGCUCAAGGGUUUUCUUGACCGAAAAGACCAGGGCAGGGCAUUUGACAUUUUAAACAACGAUGCCGAUAUCCAGGAAAGCUUCAAGUGGCGAGCGGCUUCUAUGACGUACGAUGCUUACCAGGCACGCGUGGUUAACAAGAAACGCCACAAUGACCUGUUGAUCCAGUUUCACAAGCUUAGCCACGCGCACUCGCAAUCGAUCAUGGUCUCGUCCUUUUUCAGCACUCUCACCUCAUCCAACGACCUCCCUCGCGAGACAAAGAACGUUGUCUUUGAUCUUUACAGGCUGUUUGCAUACACCACCAUCCAAGUCGAGAGCUACGAAUUCCUUCGAUGCGGCGCUGCGUCCGCCAAGGAUCUCGAUGUCCUUCCUGACAGAAUACAAGACUUGCUUUCGCGCAUCCGUCCUCACGCCGUCAAUCUCGUCGACGCUUGGCAGUUUCCCGAUUAUCUCCUGGACAGUGCGCUUGGUCGGUAUGAUGGCAACGUGUACGAGGAUCUCUUUAACCGCGCUCAUCGACUGAAUCCGCUCAAUGAAGUUGUGUUUAAUCCGGAUUACAAGGAUGAUGAGAUUGUAAAAGGAAGCGGCGAGCGGAAACCGCUGUCAUCCAAGCUAUAA